AUGCUGUUGCUGCUGCUGCUGCUGCAGGUCUUGGCGAGCUGCCUCUGGCUGGGACACAGCGAGGUGGUGACAUCCUUUCAAAGAUCAUGCCCUCAGUUUUUCUUCCGGGAAACCCCCCCAAAUGAAGCCCUGGAGCCGGAGAACCCAGCCUGGAUCUGCCAGCGUUACAAGAACCAGUAUUACUUUGCCACCCUGUAUGACAAGAGCAGGCGCAUUCCCGUGUACUCUGCUUACCUCUACCAGCCUGCAUCUGGCAAGAGACCCAACAUAUGGCUGGUUGAGCCCCAGCUGAUUGACACAACUUAUCCCAAAACUAUGGAAAAAGAGCAGACCCUCUUGAAUGAUUAUAGCAUCAGCUUAGAGGAAGUCGGUAAGCACCAGGCUGUCUACCAGGAUUAUAAGAACCUGACAGGUUUGAACCGUGGCCAUUUGAACCCCAACAGCCAUCACUCAGACUCCAGCAGCAGGACGGCCACCUUCACCCUAACCAACAUCGUGCCCCAGAAUGAGAAGCUCAACGGCGGCGCCUGGAACAACUACGAGCAGCAGACGAUGAUGAGGAACACCGAGGGCUGUAACACCACCUAUGUCGUCGUGGGUGCUGUGCCUGGGAACAACUACAUCGCCAAGGGGAGGGUGAAUAAACCCAGCUACCUCUGGGCGAGUGCCUGCUGCGAGGUGGACACCAACCACAGGAAGACUUGGGCUGUCAUUGCGGAGAACGACAGGAAUGAGGUGCAGCUCCUCACGCUGGGGGAGCUGGAGGACGAGUUGACCGAGCUCUAUGGGAGGGAGCAGGUUUCUUUGUUUGACAGUGGUUGUCCCCGGGAAUAA